GGACAAUCAUAGUGUGAAAGACUCUCUUUAAAGACUUUCUCUCUCACACACACCACACACAGUGAGCACGUCAUGUAACAAACAAAACGCGGCUCAGCUCUCCAAACAGCAACAAUUCAAUCUUUUUCUCCCGUGAAAUUUUGUACACGAGUUCUCUGAUUCAUAAUUUCACAGUGAUUGAUUGUAGAUUAUACGAAGAAUUCUGCAAAUCUGUAUGCAUAUACGGACAUUUAGUGUAUGUAUGUACCUCCAUGGUCUUCGUCUUCAAUCGUAUUUAUUUUAUUGAUUGCUUCAAACGUCAGCAACAUCAGCUGGUCACCGACACCGGAAAAGCUCUUUUUCGAUCGAGUCUAACUUCAGAUGGCGAAACGAGGAUAUAAAUUACAGGAAUUUGUGGCUCAUUCGGCAAAUGUGAACUGUUUGAAAAUCGGGAAGAAGACACGUAGAAACUUCAUUACAGGUGGUGAUGAUGAAAAAGUAAAUCUUUGGUCAAUUGGGAAACCCACUGCUAUAACGAGUCUAAGUGGUCAUACAAGCCCUAUUGAAUCUGUAGCUUUUGAUUCAACAGAAGUCUUAGUGGCUGCUGGAGCUUCUUCAGGCGUGAUAAAACUUUGGGAUCUGGAAGAGACAAAAGUGGUUCGUACACUUAAUGGACACAGAUCCUAUUGCACUGCUGUUGAGUUUCAUCCAUUUGGUGAGUUUUUUGCAUCGGGUUCCAUGGACACUAAUUUGAAGAUAUGGGAUAUUAGAAAGAAAGGGUGCAUUCACACAUAUAAAGGACACAGGCGAGCUGUUAGUACUAUUAGAUUUAGUCCUGAUGGUCGCUGGGUGGUGUCUGGGGGACUUGAUAAUGUUAUAAAGAUAUGGGACUUAACAGCUGGAAAGCUUUUACAUGAGUUUAAGUUUCAUGAAGGGCACAUUAAGUCAAUGGAUUUUCAUCCUCUUGAGUUUCUUCUAGCAACAGGUUCAUCAGACAAAACUGUAAAAUUUUGGGACUUGGAGACCUUUGAAUUAAUUGGAACAACUCGACCAGAGGCUACAGGUGUAAGAUCAAUAACCUUUCACCCAGAUGGAAGAACUCUCUUUUGUGGGUUAGACAGCAGUUUAAAGGUGUAUUCAUGGGAGCCGAUUAUUUGUCAUGAUUCUCUUGAUAUGGGAUGGUCAACAUUGGGCGACCUCUGCAUUGAUGAUGGGAAGCUUGUAGGAUGCUCAUAUUAUCAAAACUCUGUUGCAGUUUGGGUGGCUGAUACUUCGCUUAUUGAACAGAAUGGGCCAAGUAUUUUAGGUGAGGAAAAUACUCGUAUGCCACAUAAAUUUAAACUCCAGCAAGAUUUAACAGAGAGAUUAGGGAGUCCUAGAAGAUCCACCAUGUCCUCAGAUGAUGACACAAAGGAUAUAAAGAACAUAUAUGUGGACACUGCAGGCAUGACUCCUGUUUCUUCAAAAGUUGUCAACUUACAAAAUCCCAAAGAAAUUCAUAAUUUGGUUACCCCUAACCCUACACUCCCUCCUGCAGCAACCAAAAUUACCAAUCCAGAUGCUGCUAAAGUUUCAAACUUUCAAAGAAGGGUUUUAUCAGAUGAUGCUGCUAAAGAUUCUUCCGAGGAGAAAACAAAAGAGUUUCGAAAAGCUUCAUCUCCAAGCAAUGAGUCUGUGGAUUCAAACAAAGAGUUGAAAUCUGUUAAAUAUGUAAACGGAGUGGCGGUUGUCCAUGGAAGGACUCGCAGCCUGGUUGAGAGAUUUGAAAAGAGAGAAAAAUUGAACACUGAUGAAUCACAACUGCCCGAUGUAUCUCCCCGGGUAUUAACCAACACAGAUACACCUGCCCCAAUAGUGAACCCAACACCCGAACCUGAACCCAAAACAUUCACCAUGCCCGGAAAAAGACCUGAUUUGACUAAAAUACCCAUAAAGGUACCCGAAGCUGAAGCCUUCACCGUGCCCGAAAAAAGACCUGAUCUGACUAAAAUACCCACAAAGGCUUCUGCAUCUGAAACCUUCACCAUCCCCGAAAAAAGACCCGAUGUGACCAAAAUGCCCAUAAAGACACCUGAAGCUGUGAUCUUCACCAUGCCUGAAAAGAUACCCCAUGUGACCAAAAUGCCCAUAAAGGCACCUGAAGCUGAAACCUAUACAAUGCCUGGUGUGACUAAAAUGCCCCUAAGGGCACCUGAAGCUGAAACCUUUAUCAUGCCCGAUGUGACUAAGAUGCCCCUAAAGGCACCUGAAGCUGAAACCUUUAUCAUGCCCGAUGUGACUAAAAUACCCCUAAAGGCACCUGAAGCUGAAACCUUUAUCAGGCCUGAAAAGAUACCUGAUGUGGUUUCGAGUGCAUCAAAUGAGGCUACUAAAUCACCCACAAGGGUACAAAAACAUGAUUCACGCCCAAACAUAAGAUCUGAGGAUACACAUGUUCAAAGACCAAGAACUGCCCCUAGUAUGUUACCUGAAAAAGGUAAAGCCUCACCCAUCCCAAGAUCUAUAAGUUCUCGGCGUUUAAUGCCUGAAAAAGUUAGAACAUCUCCAUCUCCAUCUCCAUCUCCAAUGGUGGUUGCAAGGAGAUCUACUGCUUCCUCUCGUGUGAUGCCUGAAAGAACUAGUAGAAUCUCAUCUGUAUUGGUGUCCCCAAGGCAUGAUACUAUCAACAGAAUGAUACCUCAAAAAGCUAAAUCUUCUCCAUUGAUGGAUGAUAAUGGCCCACAGACUACAGGGAGAGGUUUGGUGUCUAAGAAAGAUGAUGAUGUGGCAGAAGAUUUGAUGACGAAUCAUGAUGUGUUUUUGAGUAGUCUGCGGUCCCGCCUCACAAAGCUCCAGGUAGUACGACACUUUUGGGAGCACAAUGACACAAAGGGUGCUAUAGAUGCCUUGAGGAAAUUGCCAGAUAAUGCUGUGAGUAUUUAUUGCAUGGUUCAAGCAGAUGUGGUGAAUGUUCUUAUGGAAAGAAUGGAUUCUCUCACAUUAGAUCUCUUUUCUUGCUUGCUACCUGUGCUUUUGGAUUUACUGGACAGUAACACAGAGCGGCAUAUAAGUGUAUCAUUACAACUUUUAUUAAAGCUCGUGGCUGUCUUUGGGCCUGUAGUCAGCUCAACAAUUUCAGCGCCUCCAGCUGUUGGUGUUGAUCUUCAUGCAGAAAAAAGACUUGAAUCCUGCAAUCAAUGCCAUAUACAGCUCCAGAAGAUUCACAAAUGUCUCCCCUCUAUUAUAAAGCGAGGCGGUUUGGUAGCAAGAUGUGCUCAAGAACUAAACAUUAUUCUUCAAAAAUCAUGAUAUCCCUUUCAACUUUGAAGCACCCCACAAUUUUGUCUCACUCGUUUUAAAAUAUAUCUUCUUUCGGAUCUUGGCUGCAAAAUUUGAAGUCAGCAUGUAGAUAAUCGAAGGAAGGAAGCCCAUUUAUAAUCACUAAUCGACCUCUUGCCACAAAAUAGGCAUAUUAUUUAUAUAUUUGUAAUCUUUUGUGUAAUUAUUAAUUAAUUAAUAGUAAUAAAGAUGUGUAGAUGGUUCUUUUAGCAAUGAGGAUACAAUGGAGCAUGUUUCCUACUUCCUAGGAC